UUAACAGAAGUUCGAGAGUGAUCAAAUGGAGAGGGUUGCCAGGUACGCGGCGGAGCGCGGAGUCGAUGUGCCUGGCACAGGUGGUGUGAGGGGAGGAGAGGCAGGGCGGCAGCCCUUGGAGGGAGCGUCUGGAGGGGUCGGGGGAGAUGGUGGAGGUGGAGACAUGGAGGAGGGCGCGAUUGGCGUUGAUCGCGAGGCGCGUGUCCCGGGUGAGCAAGGAGUCCCGGGACACGAGGACGUGCCUGAGGUUUAUCCAGGCACUGGGGAGAGGAUGGAGGACUUUUUGAGGCGAGCAGCCAAGGGACCUGUAGGGGAGGGUUCUUCCAAGAGGAAGGAAGGUGGAACAGAUCCGGCCGCCGCCCCAGCUGGGAAGAGGCUUCGCCAGCAGAAGGUCGCUGACGUCUACGGUGGCGAGUGGGUUGCUCGCCACAAGAAGACAUUCCUUCGCUGGCUCUAUUCCAGCGGGGUCCCCUUCAAUGCCUUCCGCAACCAGGCUUGGAAGGCAUACCAGCAGGUCCUUCUUGAGCAGCCUGGCAGUUCCCCGCGCGCUGUGCUCCCCAGCCACAGCGAGAUUGCGAGUAUGCAGGCGGUGGAGACCCACCCGGAGAGGAACUGGGCAGUCCACGAGGGCAUUCACACGAAGAAGCGCAACCAGUUGGCCUUUGAGAAGGUCGUUCAGCUCGUUGAGAUCACCGCGAAUGUGCAGUUGUCGGAGUAUCGGCGGGCUGGGUUGCACUUAUCACCCGUCGGGGACUCCGCACCACCCGCCGCUGAGGCCGUAUUUGGUAGACGUGCUUCCAUUUUCUGUCCUUACCCCAGGGAGGAUGAUUCCGACGAGGAGCCGAUACCCGAGGCAGCGUACCACCCUGCGCUCCGCAUUCCCCGUGAGAUCGACGAGAUGCACCUGGAUCCUGAGGAGGACACCAGGGCGCAUACUGCACGACGGGCGGCUGACAGGGUGGAGAGGGAGAUGAUGGGGGGAGAGGAGGAGUUAUGGGGACCGUUCGGGGAGGUCGCUUCGACGGGCGGCAGUGGAGCGCGGGCGACGAGCCCCGCUCCGACGAGGCAGGGGUCGUCCAUGCCGCCACCUUCUGCUCCGAGUCCUGCACCGCCAUCGCCCGUCGCGCCAUAUGAGCCGACCACAGCAGCAGAGGACACGGAGGAGUUGGCGUCCUCUUUGCCUCAGCGCGGACUACUCCACAGAGGUGGGGUAGUCCGAGAGCUGAGGUUACGAUCACCUUUUCCGGGGGUCUUGCAGGAGGAGGGGGGACCGUCGGCAACAAUAGUGGAGGGGGAGAUGGCAGUGGAGGGGGGAUUGGCGGACACGACGAUUGCAGGUGUGGUGGACCAAAUAGCUGUAGCAGCAGCGGCUUCAUUGCCAGAGGAGAUGACAGCUUCAGUGUCGGCGGAGGAGGCACCAGCGCCAGGGGGAGCAGAUGCAGUGGAGGGGCAGGCGAGAGCAGCUGGAGGAGCAGCGGGAGGAGCAACUGGAGGAGCAGCUGCACUGGAUGGGUUUGUGGCUGCAACAGCAGGAGUAGCUGGAGGAGCAGAUGCAGUGGAGGGGGGAAUGCCAGGAGCAGUGGAGGAGGAGAUAGGGGCACAGGCGGAGGUGUCGAGCGGGGGCGGCGACGAGCGCCUCAUGCAGCAACUCCUCACGGAGCAGUACGAUCCGGUCAUGGCGGGUAUGACCCCAGGUGUGGCGAGGGGGUUGGGGAUGUCGGAUUCGCAGAUGGGUAGCCACCUGGACUUAGAUUUGUCGAUGGGCCUUCCACCUAGUUGUGGCGGGGCGACAUCGACGGAUCGCGCUCCAUCGAGGGACGACGCGGGUGGAGAGAGUCUCACGCAGCCCCAGAUAGUGACGACGACUGGGUCUCCGGAUGCGGCACGCAACAUCCUAGAGCGAGAGAGGGCUCGACUUAUGGCAUCGACUAACCCGCGUGCUCAGGCAUUCGCAUGGGCGUUGGAGGACGCGAGGCGUCGAGAGACAGGGGGGGAUUGUGUGGAGGGUGGGGUCACUGGGGUGGUUGCGGGGGAGGACGUUGUGGAGAGAGUGGUAGCACGGGCGGACGCUGAGGCUGUGCAGGGUGGAGGAGUGUCCGCCGAUAGCUUGGAGUACGCUCUGAUGGCAGUGAAGCGUGCCGUACAUAAGCAGACUCCACGCAAGCGCGGAGUGUUUCCUCGUCCACGCCCCGUGCCCGCAGAGGGAGGAGAUGCACUUGGAGAGACUUCGGGGGCAGAGGGGUUGGGGAUGCCUCGUGGAUCGCACCGUGAGCAGACGGUUACAGAGGCUAGUGCGAGGGUUGUUGUGUUGAGGAAGGCAGGAGCCCCUGUCACCAUCGAGGAGGAUGAUCCUGAGACAGAUGUGGCAGUGCGGGAGGAGGACGAGGACUAUGAGGGCGAGGAGGAGGGAGAGGAGGAGAGCGAGAGAGGUUCCGAUGGUGACUACGACCACGACGAGCACGAGCCCUCACCUCCCCCACCGAAAGGUGCAGCCAGACGGCGUGCUGUGCAGACUUCUUCAUCAUCAUGAGGGAGGAGGAGUUCGACAUCCGACACGCGA